AAUUCGUGCAGUGGCUGGACUAAGGCAUCCAAGUUCUGUCGAGUGCCUCGGGACUGACCUCGGGAGGUUGGCGGAAAAAACUAAAUUAAGCGGCACCCGGAAAUCUGCACGCCUCCUCCUGCCUCCACCAUGUCAAACACACCCAGCAACACGGCGGUACCACAGAAGCGGAGCCUUGACGUCGCGCAAGGCACUAACAAUACGAGGCAACGGUUGGUGAAAGUCACGAGAGCCUGCGAUGUGUGCAAGGCGAGGAAGUCAAAGUGUUCCGGCGACCAGCCGUGCGAGAGCUGUAUUCGCCGGGGUCUGACAUGCCAGUACGAAGCCAUCUACCUGAGAGGCAAGGUAGUCUCCCCGCGCCCUUCUGGUCCCGCCGUUGCUAGCCCUCAGCGCACUGCGACUGCUCCAGGCUAUACUCAUGCUAUACUCAGUGUCGCACCAAGUAUGGCUGUAGGCAGCAACCAUAUGCAUCGCGUCGGGGAAGAGACGGAACCUCCUUCGCGAGCUUCCCCUGGGCUUGAGAUCGCUGGGCAAUACUCCGAUUCAACGUCGGGUCUCUCGUUCUUGAAUCGCGCAUGGCGGCGCAUCUCCAGCAAGGAAAGCAGUCAAGUUGUGGACGGGUGGGGCUCCACAGAAGACCGCCAACCACUGAUGAGUGCUGGUGAUAAGCCCUUCCUAGAAAGAGGUCAACUGCAGAUGCCAUCGCUGGACCGUAGCCGCCAGCUUCUUCAUCUAUAUUUUGAUGUUUGUAUUGCGACAUACCGGCUGUUACACAGACCUACUGUUGAAUGUUGGUUGGGAGCUGUGUCUGAGAACGCAAAACUCAACCAAACCCUCUUUCAUGAUAUUGGUCGUGCUAAGACUGCAGUGGUCUUGUCUGUACUAGCCAUUGCUUCGUUUCAUGAAGAAAAGGCGAGCGGCGAAAGUGGUACUUCACCAGCAAGUCAAGCCGACACGCAGUCACUGAGCGACAUGCUCUUCACUGAGGCGUCUCGACUUACACAAGCCGAGACUGGUAUUCCAAAGCUGGAGUCAGCUCAAUGCAGGCUUAUACAGGUCCUGUACCUUCUCAUGUCAUGUCGCUUCAACCAAGCGUGGUAUACGUUUGGCCAUGCCCUACAGAUUAUUUCAGCGUUGGGUUUACAUCGGCGAGACGACCGCAAACGUCAACCAAACUCCACCAAACGCGAUUACAUAGGUGAACAGUGUAGAAAGCGCACAUUUUGGGUGGCUUAUACAUUGGACAAAUAUCUCGGUGUCAUAUUCGGGCGACCCCGCCACUACCACGACGAAGACAUCGACCAAGAUUUCCCCGACGCUGUCAAUGACGAAGACAUGACCAGCACUGGCCCCAACACUACAAACACAGACGACUGUCACAUAGAAUCGCUCGUGUAUCAUGCGCGGCUAGCACAAAUCGCCGAAAAGAUUUCUCGGGAGGUCUAUUCGAUCAAACCGGUGCCUGAUCAGGUCCGACUUGCAGCCUCUCAUCGCCUUGGAGCGGAGUUACGCCAGUGGAAAGCAUCGCUACCACCCUUCCUUGGCGCCGUCAACCCUAGCAGUCUCAUUCCUACGUUCCGACGACAGGCAACCGCACUCAGACUGUCUUACUGUCAUGCUGUGAUUUUAGCCCAUCGCCCGUUUCUCCUCAAGAAUGCCAGGCGUAGCAAUGUAGAGAUGACUAGUCUUGCCCAAGACAGUCUCACAGAGUGCAUUGCAGCGGCAAGAUCAGUGUUGGAAGCAGUUGAUCGUAUGGCGCGAGAGGGCCGGUUGUUCCAUGCGUUUUGGUGGACUCACUACGUCUGUUUCUGUGCUUUGGUUGUGGUCUAUGUGUGGGCUAUUCAACAGAGUACUCACAACACAGCCUCAGCUGAGGAUCCUCGCGGUAUUCUAGAUCAAGCCGAGAGCUGUUUACAACAUCUCGCCCAGGCAACAGCGUCGAACUCCCCCUCCCGACGAUACAGCAUCAUCUUGCAGGAACUCCGCACAGAAGCAAAGAGAAAAACAGCAAUACCACACCGGGAGCAAGUACUAGCAUCAUCAGCUACGGCCAAUGGCGGAGUCCCACCGCCUUUGGAUGGAGAUGUAAUACAGGAACCGGAUCUGCAAAACUGGCAGCCACUCUUUGGUAGCCCAAUGGAUAUGACGACACCAGGGUUGCAGAACUUUCUCGAUGACUGGCAGACGACCGACUGGCUUGACCUCGAUGCCUCUGCUUUUUGCCCUUUUCCCGAAGUAGACGAUAUAUCGGCCUGGAUGAACAAUGCAUCAUGAUAGCUUUUGUAUUCCUGGAGGUCACGGACGCGAGACGGAAAAUUCACAUCGGCGUAUACAAUACACCUAAGGCCAUCAUAGUGGUCAAGCAGAAGAUGUGUAUACCUUCAGGGUACAUUUUAAU